UUCGAGCGUGGCUGACUAGACUCGUAUACUAUUUCGCGUAGAAAAAACUUGGUUGAAGAAAUAGUCCCGAGUAAAUACUAAAUCAAAGUUUUGAGAAUGACAUUGCCGAAAUAUGAAGAUGCUACAUUAUAUCCUCCACAUGAGAUUUGUUCCGAGCACUCGGAGUGGGGUGUGUAUUCUUGAAAUAGGAACCACUCGCCUAAUCUCGACUACCAAGAUACGACGAUUAGGCUGCAACACAAGGACAGCCUCCAAAGAGCUGUGCCAGCACUUCUUUACGGAGACGUUCAAUACGCUACUACGUCUUUCAUUCGUGUCUACCCCAUGAAUCCAUGGAGCAGCUUUCCAAUAGCUAUGCAUAUCAGCCUCUCAACGCAGCCGCCAAAGACAUCCGGGUCUUGAAACUAUAUUCAGGCCACGAUGCGGACAAGAUCUCGGGAGAACUUCUCACAACAUGUUUAGAUUCAAAAUCGCCCUAUGAUGCCCUAUCAUACCAGUGGGGAAGCCCUACCAUCACAUCGACGAUCUAUCUAGGCCAAGAUGGAGAGCUUCAACUUACGACAUUCCUUCAUGAAGCUCUGUCCUUCAUUCGGAAGCCCGACGAGGCGACUUUCAUUUGGAUAGAUGCAAUUUGUAUCAACCAGAAAGACGUCAGCGAGCGGAAUCAUCAGGUUUCUAUGAUGAAGGAAAUCUAUUCAAGUGCUAGAACAGUCAGAGUUUGGUUGAAGCAAGAGAUCGAUUUUUCGAGUCCGUGUUUCGAUAUUCUCGCAAGAUUGGACAAGACCAGCCCUCCAGAGAGCCUUGGGACCGAUGCUACACUGUAGAGACCUAUCGCGGCGCUGCUCCAGGAUCCAUACCGGGACCGGCUAUGGAUGCAGCAAGAGCUUCUAUUUGCCAAAGAUAUCACGUUUCACUGCCGGAAGACCACACUUCUGGUCAAUCCAUUGGGGUCCUCCAAUGGCUUAUUCUUCGCCGUAGGAAGGAAGUAAAUGGGUUGAUUGACCUCGAUCGCAAGGAAUGGUCAGAUCUCGCCUGGGAUAUGAAGUUAUCGCUGACUCCAUCACGACAUCUC